AUGUAUGUGAUGUCUACUAGUGGAGAGGGUGCUGAGUACCUGUGUGUCCCGCCUGACCCGGGCAUUAGGACUAGUGCGUCUGCCGCUCCAGGUACUCGCGUGUCUGCUACCCCAGGUGCUGGUGAGGCAGCUGCUCUAGGUGCUUCUGCGUCUGCCCCCCCUGGUACUGAGUCGACUGCAGCACUGCACACCUUCACACUGGACUCAGGUGUUUCUCGCUGCUUCUUUCGUGACCGCACUGCCCUUGAGCCACUUGCUCGGCCAGUUGCUGUCUCCCUCGCUGACCCCUCUUGGGGUCCGGUCAUUGCGACCUCCUCCACUGUCCUUCCCUGUCCUACGGUCCCGUCGGGCACACUGUCAGGUCUCCACCUCCCCUUGUUCUCUACGAACUUGGUGGCAGGUUGUGCACUCCAGGACGGGGGUGUUCAGCAGUUCACCCCUGCCUACGAGCGUGUGACACACUGCACGUGUGCUCGUACGGGCCGCCACUUGGCUACCUUCACUCGGGUCGUCCCUCCCCUCCCACCCUCGCCUGCUCCUCCCUGUCUUCCAUGUGUCGAGGGGCAGCAGCGCGCCGCUCCUCACUCCUCCUCGUUUCCCCCGACGACUGCUCCCUUGCAGACGCUCCACAUGGACGUGUGGGGCCCAGCCCGCGUCCGUGGUCAGGGUCAGGAGAGGUACUUCCUGAUAGUUGUUGACGACUACUCGCGCUACACCACGGUCUUCCCCUUGCGCACCAAGGGUGAGGUCCCUGAUGUCUUGAUCCCUUGGAUCCACAGAGCCCGUCUCCAGCUCAGCGAAAGUUUUCACUCGGACUUUCCUGUCCUGCGCUUGCACUCUGACAGAGGUGGUGAGUUCUCCUCCGACCUCUUGGCAGCCUUCUGUGUUGAGCAUGGCAUUGAGCAGUCGUUCACGCUUCCGGCCUCUCCACAGCAGAAUGGGGUUGCGGAGCUCCGCAUUGGCCUGGUCAUGGAGGUCGCCCAUGCCUCCUUGAUCCAUGCGGCUGCCCCCCACUUUCUGUGGCCGUUUGCGGUCCGGUACGCUGCGCAUCAACUCAACCUCUGGCCCCGUGUCUCCUUGCCGGAGACCUCGCCCACAGUGCUGUGGACGGGGGAGGUUGGCGAUGCGUCGCGUUUCCGGGUCUGGGGAUCUCGAGCUUUUGUCCGCGAUACGUCUGUGGACAAGCUCUCCUCCCGUGCUGUUCCCUGCAUCUUCCUCGGCUUUGUCCCGGACGGGCCUGGUUGGCAGUUUUACCACGCCACCUCGCGCCGAGUCUUGCCCUCUGAGGACGUCACGUUUGACGAGUCCGUCCCCUACUACCGCCUCUUUCCCUACCGCACUGCCCCGCUCCCCCCCCCCGCCGCUCUUCCUCGCGCCAGGUGCUCCUGUCGUAGACCCCCUCCCCCCUCAGGGUGCCGCUCCCUCAGUGGUGAGCCUGGGGGUGCUGAGCCUGGGGGUGCGGAGCCUGUGGGUGCUGAGCCUGUGGGUGCUGAGCCUGGGGGUGUUGAGCGGCGGAGUCCGGAGUUUGGGGGUUCUGGGUCUGGAGGCCCUGAGCCUGAGAGUCCUACACCUGGAGGAGCCCUCUCCUCGGAGCAGCUGCGUGAGUGGUACUUGCAGUACUGCAGCCUCAGGAGAGGUACCUGUGGAGCCAGGCGCACUACUGGGGCUAGUGCUAGUGCUUCUCCUCCUAGCCGAGAGCUCCCCUCCCGUGAGCGGAUCCGUGAGUGGUACGAGCGGCGCUGCACUCUUCGGAGUGGCGCGCCUUGUGUCGGUGACCCCGCUGUUGCUGGUGGUGCUGCUUGUACUGCGGACCCGGGCGUUGGGGCUGCUGCUGGUGAUGUGGACCCGGGCGCUAGUGCUGCUGCUGGUGCUGUGGAGUCGGGCGUUGGAGCUGCUGCUGGUGCUGAGGACCCGGGCGUUGGCGCUACUACUGGUGCUGAGGACCCUGGCGUUGGAGCUGCUGCUGGUGCUGAGGACCCGAGCGUUGGCGCUACUUCUAGUGCUGAGGACCCUGGAGCUGGUGCUGCUGGUGGUGCUGACGACCCGGGCGUUGGAGCUGCUGCUGGAGCUGAGGACCCGGGAGUUGGAGCUGCUGCUAGUGCUGAGGACCCUGGCACUAGUGUCUCUGCUGUCACUGUUAGAGCUACGGCCCGCCUCCCCACUGCCUGCUCCUUCUCCCACACUGAGCCUACUGGAGGUCUUAUUGAGCGUCGUGAGCCUGCGUCUCCCCCUGCGUCGCCUGCCCGUACUGCUCGUACUAGUGGUCGCGGUUCGCGUCAGCGUCCUCCUCCUGUCCCCGGCACGCACCGGAUGCCUCUGCGUCCAUCCAAUGCUCCACUUCGUGCCCCUUUGCCUUCUCCUCCUGAGUCCUCUCUUCCUGCUCUUGCCGACCCGGAGUCGGACUCUCUUUAUGCUGCCAGUCCUACUGUCACGCGUCUCCUUGCUACUGUCGUCACUGACCCUUCUUUCGAGUCCUGUGCUGCGUCUGCCCUAGAAGCUGAGCUCGUCGACUUUGCUGCUCGCUGUCGCCUAGACUACGCUGCUAGUCUUGUCGCUGAGUCUGAAUCUGUCUGUCCUCCGUCCGUCGGGGCUGAGUGUGCCCUUGGCACGGACGUCCUUGAGGACAGGCAGGAGGAGUUCCAGUGCUUGGCCGCUGCUUCACCUCAUCUCGUGUCCGUACUGCUUACCCCUGAGGGAGACCCGGAUGCACUUGACAUCCCGACUCCGCGCUCUAACGCAGAGGCGAUAGAGGGUCCCUACUCUUCUCAGUGGCAGGCAGCUAUGGAUGCAGAGAUGGCUUCCUGGAAGUCCACAGGCACCUACGUUGACGCUGACCCCCCUCCUGGGGCGAACAUCGUCAGUGGCAUGUGGAUUUUCAGGGUGAAGCGGCCGCCAGGUUCUCCGCCUGUCUUCAAGGCGCGUUACGUUGCUCGUGGCUUCAGUCAGCGGCAGGGAGUUGACUACUUUCAGACCUUCUCUUCCACCCCGAAGAUGACCACUCUUCGGGUACUGCUGCACGUAGCUGCUCACCGUGACUACGAGCUACACUCUCUUGACUUCAGCACAGCUUUCCUGCAGGGCAGCCUGCACGAGGAGAUCUGGCUGCGCCGCCCACUUGGCUUCACUGGAACUUUUCCUCCUGGCACCCAGUGGAGCCUCCGGCGGCCAGUCUACGGUCUCCGCCAGGCACCGCGUGAGUGGCACGACACACUGAGGACUACGCUUGCGGCUCUUGGGUUUGCUCCCUCUACUGCUGACCCGUCGCUGUUUCUACGCACCGACACUUCUUUGCCGCCGUUCUACAUCCUCGUGUACGUCGACGACUUGGUGUUUGCCAUAGCUGGCACUGCUGGACUCGCCCACGUGAAGUCCGAGCUGCAGAAGAGACACACGUGCACAGACCUGGGUGAACUGCACAGCUGCCUUGGCUUGCAGAUCACUCGGGACAGAGCACGCCGCACCAUCACCCUGACUCAGUCACACAUGGUGCAGAAGGUCCUACAGCGCUUCGGCUUCACGUACUCCUUGCCUCAGGCCACUCCUCUGCCUACUCGCCACUCGCUCUCACCUUUGCCUUCGGAUGAGUAUGUAGAGUCGAGUGGCCCGUACCCAGAGCUUGUUGGCUGCCUCAUGUACCUGAUGACCUGCACACGACCUGACCUUGCAUACCCUCUUAGCAUUCUCGCACGCUAUGUUGCUCCUGGGAGACACCGACCAGAGCACAUGGCUGCAGCGAAGAGGGUGUUGCGCUACCUGUGCAAUACGUUGGGCAUGGGGCUAGUGCUUGGAGGGCGAAGUCCAGUGGUCCUUACUGAUCACGGAGACGCUUCUUGGGCUGACGACCAGGCUACUCAGUGGUCGUCACAGGGUUACACCUUCAGCCUUGGUUCCGGCUCUGUUUCGUGGCAGGCUACUCGCUCGUCUUCUGUUCUCGGCUCCAGCUGUGAGGCUGAGAUCUACGCAGGAGCCAUGGCUGCACAGGAGCUUUGCUGGCUCACCUACUUGCUGACCGACCUUGGAGUGCCGCCUCGUUCUCCUCCAGUCCUGUACGUAGACAACAAGGCCAUGCUGGCCUUGUGUCGAGAGCAGAGACUGGAGCACAGAACAAAGCACAUUGCUCUUCGCUACUUCCUUGCUCGUGAGCUACAGCAGCGUGGUCAGUUGCGGCUUGCGUACGUGGCCUCCGAGGCCAACAUCGCUGAUGUCUUCACCAAGGCACUUGCGCCUUGUGAUCAUCAGCGCUUCGGCACCCAGCUGGGUCUUGUCUUGCCUCACUUGCUCACCUCUUGA